GUGCAUUCCUUCGUGCACAAAUGUCUCCAGUAGCUACCUGGCACAUGACAGCAGAGAGGAAUAGUAAUACAAAAGUUUUUUUAGAUUCCAAUUAAGACACAAUGGGGUCCACUACUCCAUGCGGCGCGUCGGCGGUAAAUUGAAAACGAACGUACCCAACUCUGACAACAACGUAGAGCAGGUGCCGUGGAUGAGAUGUGAGAAGCGGGGAUGCCGAUAAUCAGGAGAACCAUUGAGCCUCGGCACCUGUGCCAAGCUGCAGUGCCCGUCAGGAUUGAUAGUGAGCUGGAAUGUGUGAACAACAACACCUUGUCAGCCGUCAUCCGCCAGCUCAGUAGUCUAAGUAAACAUGCGGAAAAUGUAUUUGGUGAUCUUUUCAAUGAAGCCAACACCUUUUACGUGCGUGUAAAUUCACUCCAAGACCGCAUUGACCGCUUGGCCAUCAAGGUCACGCAGCUGGACUCCAGUGUGGAAGAAGUUUCCCUUCAGGCCAUAAACCUGAGGAAGGCGUUUAAAAGCUCUAACAUCCAGGACCAGCAGGUGUUGUCCAAAGGCAGCACUCCAAGCUCGGUGACUGACAUGUACGACAGCAGCGACCGGCCUCCUCCUCUCAGAGAUCUCACUGCUUACAGAGAGGACGGCACUGAAGCCAUGAGGUUCUACUCAGACCCGUCAUACUUUUUUGACUUGUGGAAGGAGAAAAUGCUGCAAGACACAGAGGACAAGAGGAAAGAAAGGAGGAGACAGAGGGAACAGAAGCGAUGUGUGGAAAGCAGCACCCUCCAGCGCCAGGUGAAGAAGGUGAGAAAGGCUCGAACCCGCAGACAAGAGUGGAACAUGAUGGCCUUCGACCAAGAGCUCCGACCAGAUCACCGCCACUCUCAAACUCUGCGGCGAGGAGCAUCUUCCGAGGGCUCACUCUCCCCAGAGGGGAGGUCUGAACUUCCUAACUAUCCUAACCCGCCUGUGCCAGCCCUCAGUGCUUCCAACUAUAUCAAGUCGCAUGGGAACGCGCAGCCCUCCCCGCCAGCAGAGCACGAAUACCACAGUAUUGACGUCAAUAAGAUAACAACUAAGGUAGAAGCUCAGGGUGCAGAGAAGAUGAACAGUUCAAUACACCCACCUGCAGAUUACGACUGUGCCCACCCUCCACCUGGCCAAGGCCCACCUAUCCCAUCAGCCCAUACAGCCUUCCCUUUCCCCCCACCAGCAGCUCAUAAGGGAGCUACUAUAAAUGUUGGCCCAGGUUCCCCACUUCCACCUGUGCCUCCUCCAGGACCUUGCAUGGUACCUCCUCCGGGUCUGCCUCCACCUCUUCCAGCUGCCCCAUCACACAUUUCAGGACUCUGUGGAAGCAUCAAAGCUGAAAUAAAACCAGUGAGAGAUGUAAGGAGUGGUCUUCUAUCUGCUAUCCGCAUGGGUAUCCAUCUUAAAAAAGUGCAAGAGCAGCAAGAGCUGCAGAGCAAGCGUGACCCAGUCGGGAAUGACGUGGCCACCAUCCUGUCACGGCGCAUUGCGGUGGAGUACACUGACUCCGGCGAUGACUCAGAGCUGGAUGACAAUGAAUGGUCAGAUUGACUGCAGUGUGGCUUCAUUGGACCUUCUGUGCAACUAAAGAUGCUAUUCAGAUGAUGCAAUAUAGACAUCAUUUUAUUACAUCAUUUCGUGUAUUCUCACAUCUUUGACCAUUACAUUACCAACUUCAUUGGCAGUGGUAACAAUGAUCUUAAUUUCUAAUGAGAACAAGUAAAAACUUUGUACCAGUCUUCUGACACAUCCUGAAUCCAGACCAAUCUUUUUAGUCAAUACAUAACAUCAUUCCCAUGACAUUUUUUCCCCUUUCUUUCGGUCCUUCAUGACAUAUCCUGCAAUUGACUACACCAUUUAGUGAAGCUCAAUCUGCAAAUUCAGUGUCACACUGUUAGGGGUCACAGUGACGCUAAAAUAAAUCCCCUGUGCUUCUGCAGGGAAGAUAAGCAAUAGAUGUGUCAUCAGUUUUUGGACCACAAAAUAAUUUAUUGUUGUAUAUCUAAUAUAUAUCUGUGGUAUAUUUAUUUGGUAUCACUUCUUAAAAAUGUGCCAUGACAGUAUCCCUACCUUUCUCUCUGUCUUUGUUUUUUUAUAUACAUUACACAGUAGUGUAUUACCAAA